AUGCCGCCCUACGGCCUCUACCCCAUCCCCCGGCACCACCUGUCCCCACAAAACGCUAAGCUCCAGCACCGCCGCACGUUCAACAGCAUGGACUUUGCCGACGCGGAACCCGCGCGCGAGGCUGCGGCAAAGACGGCGGAGCAGCGAGCCCAGAGGAAGCUAGAGAAGCGUCAGCGCAAAGAAGAGAGGAGGUUGAAGAAGGAGCGCAAGGCACAAGCUGAGCAGCAGCAGCAGCAGCUUACCGAAGCAGAGAGUGAUGUGCCACUUCAGCAACCCAACACCACACCGUCUGUGACUCACGUAGAGACUGCGCCACAAGCUCAGCAAUCUGAUGCUACUCCCGUAGCUACUCCAGUCAAGAACGGCCGCUUCGGUCCGCGCGGUCCUUACAAGAAACGCGAAAAGACAGCCGACGGCACACCAGUUUCUGCAGUCAAACGCAAGAGGGGGAGCGAAAUGCAGACUGGUGCUCCGAGUGGCAGUAACAAGAACGUCAACGACAUGCCGUCGUUGCUUGACCCGAAUUUCCUGUCAUCGCUCAAGGAAAAGAUGGGAGAUAUGGGGUUGGCGUUUAAAGAAGCGGAAAAGGAGGGGGAUGAGCCGGCGAAGAAGAAGAGGGGACGGCCCGUGGAAUGGCGCAGAAAUGCUGCUGAUGCGGAGUCUGUUAAGACUAAGACCCCGAGAGGUGGUGGUAAGAGUGCUGUUGUUGCCCCGACACCAGCGUCUACCAGUAAGAGUGCUGUUUCCUCAACACCGGCAUCUGCUAGAGUCUCUGGCUCAACUCUUGACAAGUCGUUCAAGGUGAUUAGGACGCCUGUGCCUGUUCCCUCAGUUGCGUCGACACCAGCAUCUACCAAAGUCGCUGGCUCAACUCUCGAUAAGGCAUUCAACAUGAUCAAGACGCCUGUGCUGGUUCCAUCAGGUGCGUCGAGUGUGACUGCCUGUGCAAAGACACUGGUUCCGGCGCUGCAGAAACCCAGUUUCAGCAUCAGUGGGAGCACGAGUGAGCUACAGACAGGCAAGACGCCAAAGGUUCAUCCAGCUGAUGUACUCGUCGCCGAGACACCUCCCUCACACAUGAGCAAAACACUAGUCACAACACCUCGUCAGCCCGCUAUCCCAUUUCCUCACCUCCAGAACCUAUUCUCCGCCAGCAAAUCACCCAUGGUGAAGGGAAAAGAUACAAACAUCGACCUUACUUCCCCCGAGGAACCCACACCAAGGACAAACACGUCCACAAAGCACAUCGUCAGCAGCCAGGGCUCAAUCAAUCCGCUAAUCAGCAGUCAAGCCUCCAUGGAACCCAUCCCAAGCACCCACUCCCCGGCCUUCACAGCCUCCACCCUCUCCUACUACAAACAGCAACUAAACGAAAAACCCAAAGCGCGGCCCCGCCGCCGCCAACGCGCCAUCUCCGAAGCCUUCAGCUCAAGCAGUGACUCAACCUCGACCACACAGAGCGUGCUCGACAUGCUGACUCGGGUCCCAAAACCCUACGGUUCCACGUUUGACAAUCCCUUCUCCACCUCUAAAAAGAAGAAGAACACGGGGGAAGAGAAGCAUGUCGAAGCUGAUGGAGAGACAUUCAAAAAAGCCUUCAAGGUUAUCCAGCGGACUGUGAAUUUCAGUGAUGAGGAAGAGUAUCUAGCCUUGUAUCAGAAAGUUCUAGAGCAAAGCAAGAAGGCAGAGCUUCCGUGUCUGAAAAGCGCAACGGGAUGUUCCUUCCGCGUUCACGACCCCGCCUCCUCUUCCUUCUUUUCUCCAGCCGGUGCACUCGAGAAGCCGAACGCAGACAUGCAGGAUUCAACCCAGCGUGCAGAAGCUGCGGAAACGUUUCUCCGCCACGCACUCAUGGCGCGUGUCCCUGUUCCCCUGGGCCGCAUCACAGGCGUGUGGCGCUUGUACUGCAACGAGUAUACGGGGCAGCAUGUGGACAAGUACAGUGCUGGCAUGCGUACGCUGACGAUUACGUCGCCGUCUUCGUAUCAGGGGACCCCGGUGUAUACGGCUCGUUUGCAUAUCCCGCCUCGGUCUAUGGCGUUUGCCAUUGCGCCGUUUGCCGCGCCGCCACAUGCUGGGUUCCGCGCUACGAGGAUGAAGUUGGUGGAGGAGGGGUAUGCGAUGGAAAUGGUGUUUUUCGGCAAUGGGUAUGCGAGGGUUAGGGCUGAUGUUGGGUUGUUGCUUUCCGGGAAGCAUGGGGCGGGCGGACAGAUGGAGAGUGCGAACAAGAACAAAGGCUACGGCAUCUGGCACUUCCUUGCUGUCCAUGAAAGACCACUCUAUUGGGAGCCUGAGGUCGAUGAGUUGGAAGUUGAGGGUAAGAAGCUGUUUGCUGCGUAUGAUGGUAUCGAGUAAAUAAAAAGGAUCGGGG